AGCAGCAACAACUGCUAAAGCAGCAGCAGAUGCAACAGCAGCAGACACCCCAGCUACCAAGGCUGCCAGUUGGGGUGCACCAGCCAGCAGUGCAGAUGGGACAAGCUUUGCAGUCUCAAGUUUUUUCUGCUGCAAAGCCAGUUCCUCAGACGUCUCUCCUGCCGGGGGUCAUCCCUAUUCCUUCGGGUCUCUCUCCUCUAAUGCCGAACCUGAUGAACUUCCUGCGUAUACCACAGCCCGCUUCCACCAGGCAGCUUCCAGCAAAGGUAGAGGUAUCAACGAGUAUACCAGCGCCGGCCUUAUUGCAGGACUAUGCUGCAGCUUCACCUAGGAUCUUUCCUCAUACCUGCUCUCUGUGUAAAAAGGAAUGUACUCAGUUAAAGGAUUGGCUCUUCCACCAGAAUACCAACCUUCACAUCGAGAACUGCAAACUCCUCCGAAAGCGAUACCCAGAGUGGGACGGUGAAAUAACAUCACUGUCAGGUGCUUCAGGUACUGAUGCCAAGCCUUCGCCCUUAACUUCUUCCGAGACUUCCCAGCAGAAAACCAGACAUGAGAGUCGUUCCCGUUCCCAAUCGCGCAGCCCCCACUGCCAUCUUGACUCAGUCCGAAGGAAGGACAAACGAAGCAGUCGUUCCCACUCCCACAGCCCACGCCGCAGGGACAGAUGGAAUAGUCGUUCCCGCAGUCGUUCCCGUAGCUCACGCCGCCACCGUGACUCGGAGCGUAGGAAGGACAGACGAAGCAGUCAUUCCCGUUCUCGAUCGCAUACUCCCCGAAGGGAGAGACACAGAGGCCGAUCACGAUCUCCGUACAGCUCCAGACAUAAUCGCAGGUCUCGGUCUCGUUCUGACUCCUUACGUUACGACCGUCCUACCUCUUCCCGUUAUCAAUCACGCUCAAGGAGCCGUGAGAGGCGAUCCUUGCCGAGGAGAAGAGAUGAGAAACAGUUAUCACCAAGGAGGAGGGAUGACAGACGUUCGUCACCGAAGAGAAGCCGUGAGACAAGAUCAUCAACAGAGAGGUCAUCCCCUAAACAAAAGAAGUCGAGCGAUGCAGAGAGACUGGCAAAGAAACUGCUGGAGACAUCAGCUCUCCAGUCUCUGUCAAAACAGUCUGACCUGGAGGCUGUCGUUAAAACUCUGGCUCCUGCUCUACUGGAUGAGCUAGCCAAGAUGAGGUCAUCACCACCAUCAUCGUCCUCCCAUUUUGCUUCUCCAGAAUCAAGUAAAGGGAAGUCUAGCACAGAGAAGAGCAAGCCAAGUUCUACCACAAAUCCAAAGGUCGGUAAAUCUUCCCCUCCAACCAUGGUAAAGCUACAGGGGAUUGACAGUACUCUCACACAUGCUGACGUGAUCUCUGCUAUGGAGCAAUUUGGAAAAACCAAGUCAGUCGUUUUGUUUAGGGCCAGAGAAGAGGCAAUUGUGUGUUUCGAGAAACAGGAAGAUGCUGAGAAACUGAGGAGUUUAAAGAAUUUUGACAUAAAAGAAGUAGCUGUCAGUGUUAUUAGUGAAAAGGAAAGUGUGUCCAAGAAAACCACAAAAAGCAAACUUGAAACUAAAGCAAAAGUCUCAGUGGUGGCACCUAAAGAUACAGCCAAGGCUAAUAAAUUGCCAAACAAGACUGUUGAACCAAUUAAAAGCACUGGAGUUGACAGUGGGGCAAAAGUAUUGGCUUCCAAGGCAGAAAAGGCUUCAACUACCGGGAAAUCUAAAACACAGGCAGAUAGCUUGGCUGCUGCAGGAACUGUGAGAAAGCCCAUGGAAGUUGGAAAUUCUGCUGAAGGCAUAGAUAAUCAGGCUUUAUCAACUAUGUCUAGUGAAAAUCAACUACCAACUAGUACAGCUGAGACCAAGACAGAUAUAUCACCACCAAAACCUCGUACUGAUCCACCUCAGAAACGACAAACUUCUAUCAAAAGUCCAGAAACCUCGCUCAAAGCUUCAUCACAAACCAAGCGGAGUCCAGAGUCUACUGUACAAGAACAAACACAACAGCAGACUGGUUCUCUGACUGCCGUGAAGACCCGAAAGGGCAAGAAGACCAAAGUCUUGUCUGACCUGACAUUUGGGGAGCGGAUACAAGAGCAGCUCCGUCCAGAAAGAAUCCGUUGUCUCAAGACAGUCAGACUCCCUGAUUCAAAGCUUAUUUCACUUGAUUACAAGGUGCUAUUAAUAAGCAACCUUCCAGAGUAUCAUGAUGGCCGUUACACCGAGGAGGACAUCGUCGAUCUGCUCAUCCAACAUGGAUUUGAAUAUUGCGACGACACAAUCUAUGUUGUACCACAGACCCGCAUGGCUUUUGCCCUCAUGCCCACAGCAGUGGCAGCCAAAAAAAUUGUGCUAGAAUCAGAAAGGCAUAGUUUUAUUCUCUGUGGCUCUAAACUGCGACUGCAGGUUGAUAAAGGCGACAUUUUAAUGACACCGAUUGACUUUUAUAAGUCACUGAUGAAAAGGUUAAGUUUUCUGGUGACUGAUAACGGAGCGAGAACAAUCUACAUCAGGAACAUCUCACCAAGCCAGGCCCGGAAUCUCAGAGAAGCUUUGAAAAAAAUUGAUUUUGUAAGAAACUACCUGCCUCUCCUUAACAAGGUGUUUAUUGAGUUUGAGUCCCUUCGUGAUGCUGAUCGCCUUGGUGUUUGGUACAGCCUCUUAAAACAGGCCCCUGGCCAUAAAUUGUCAAGGCUGGAAAUGCCACCAAGUGGAUGCACAUCUCUGCCACCAAGACUGCCAGCCAACGCUUUGCCAGACUGCAAAGAUGCUGUUGCUGGGGCAACUGUCCCAACAGCAGAUGCUACCAUCCCACAACGCAGCACUUCACCAUACUGGAUCACAAUGACAACGAGUCCCUUUGUGUUCCCUACUGUGUCUCCUUGGUUCAUCAUCCCUGAGUAUUUCACUGUUGGUGAACUGGAUGACAUUGAGAAAGCUCAGCCUCGAGGUUCCACGUUCUCCACAAUCAUGUUGACCGGUUUGCCAGAAGGAAACUACACACACGAGGACGUCGCCAAGCUGGUGUCGCGUUAUUUCCCUAAUCAGGAUCUUCAGACUCUGUACUACAAUGUGAUUGUUUUAUCACUGCAGAGGAGGGCUUUCGUGUUUUUUAACAGCUGGGAUGCAUGCUGCGAUUUUGCCCGAGAUUACAUCAAAAAUCCGGUCAAUGUCGGAGAGUGGACACUCAGAAUCCACUUUGUGUUACAGGACAUGCAUCCUGGUUCCAGUGAGGAGAGCAUGUACAGAAGCAUGAUGAACUGGAGCAACGCUCAUGUUCCAGAGACAGUGCCUCUGGAGGAGCGGCUGCUGAGUGUGGAGGUCUUCGAGGUCGAUGUGGAUCUUCUCAUGAGGAUCAUGGAAGUGGUGACGUCCAUUGCUGCUUUUGUCAGAUUCUUGCCGCUCAGCAACAGGAUAUGCAUUGAGAUGGCUGAACCCAGUGGUGUAACACAGGUGGUGAAGAGCACUCUCACAAAGGACUAUUUAUCUUCUUGGAGUAAAGUUGGACGUAUUGAGUCUUUGAAGAGCUUAAAACAGCGUCUACAAGACUCCAGUGAGAUCACGAAAAACCUUGAACUGGGAACUGAGAGAGCCACAGAAUCCACCGUUGCUCCUCAGGGAAGUGAGGAUGUAAAGAAAGCAGCAGUGAAGGAAGAUGGAUCACCACCAACUUCAGUCACUGCUCCCGAUAGAAACACCGUCCCAACUGUUUCUAGCUCCGCUCCUUCAGCCACAACCUUGGACAAGUCUGAAGCAAACAGCUCAGAACUUCCUCACAUCGAUGAAAACAUUUUCAAGGCAAUUAGAGUGGCGAUUCAUGAGCACAGGCAGAGUCGAGGAAGCAGGGCAAAUAGCAAGGACAGAGAGAGCAAAAGCAAGAGCCCUAGUAGGGUACAGGAUGAAGACGCACCCAAAGAAAAGGGUCAAGGUGAUAAUAUAGAGAAGAACGUUUUUUCACACACCAAGCUUUUUCACGAGCAGGAUUUCAACUUGGAGGACUUUGUCACUGUUGAUGAAAUUAACGAUGGCACAACAGACGUGGACCCCGAUGAGCAACUCUCCCCUUCAGCUAAGCAGACCUCCACAGAGAUGAGAGAAGGACAAAGCUCAGAUGUGUCUUCUGGCGUUGAAUGGAUCUCAACAAGAUCCUCCAAAGACUCCAAGAGCUCAGCCUCUUCAUCUUCCUCAACCAAGCCCACUGAAGCUUGUGUGAAAAGCAGUUCACCUUGUAGUUCAACCUCCUCACUGAUAACAAGUAAAGACUCAUCUGAAUCCACCAAACCCACAUCUUCUGUUAGUGUCAGUAAGACUGCUGUCUCCUCGGGUGAAAAAGCACAGCCUAGCAAGACGAACUCUCCAGACAAAACAUUGAAUUCUUCAUCCUCAGGCUGUAGGGCCCGCUCAAAGAUGGCAUCAACAGCAACUGCUAAGGCAAUAGAAGAGACUCACAAAGAAUCAGAAACACCCACACAGAGUGCAGUGACAAAAUCUGACCACAAAGUGUCAGCAAAGGACACAUCUGCAGAAACUGCCAAGUCAAAGACAAAUACGGAAAUGUCAUCAGAGAAACAACCAUCUUCAGAGGGAGAAGGAUUAGAGAUGACAAGCCAAGCACAGAAUCUGGAGACUGAUUUUAAGGGUGACACACACAAAGAGUCAGAGAAAAGUAAAGGGGAAGACGGAGAAAAGAGUGACGGUGGUAAACCUAUGGAGAAGGAGGAUGGUGAAAAAUACCAGAUCCUUGAUUCAAUCGGCAAGCAAACAGAUGAACAGAUAGAUGAAAACAGGAACAAAGAUGGCAACACUGAAACCCAGUCACCAGGACCUGAGCAAAGCCAGAGAUUGCAUGAGGGAGGUAGCCAUGCUUUGGACAGCAUUGAGGUUGAAGGCUCAGAGGAUUGCCAUAAAAUGGAAAUGGAUGCUUCUCUCCAGGUGUUAGACAGUGUUACUGAAGCUCAAGCAGCUACAGUCCAAGAGAGCAGUCAUCGGGUCAAAGAUGAAGGUUCCACAGAAAAGCAGCUGUCUGACGAGGGCAAGGUUCAAGAUGAUGAUUCAGACAAACCUGCAGCUGAUAAAAAUGAAGGGUUAAAUGUAAGCAGGAGCCAAAGCCCAAGGGCCAGUGGAGAUGGAAAAGAACAAGAUGACAUUUUUUCUGAAGAAUCACGUAAAGCUUCCAAAUCAUUUGGCCAAAUCCCAAAUAAUAAGGAUCAGCCUCUUGAAGACCAAGCAAACAAAGACAUUUCGACCGAUGGCAAUGAACAGGAGGCCUGUGAGAGGUUGGAUUCAGUUAAUGAUCAGACUGGGCGAGAAGAAGACAAGAAACUCGAAAGUCAGAUCCAGCAAAUAGCUAAAGCAGGCACUGAAACCACAGAAGAAGAGGAAGAAGCUUACCAGGUAAUCGAUUCUGUGGAAUCUACCGAGACUGAGCCAGAGGCUGACAAUAAGGAGAAAAUAACCAAGAAAUAUGAUCAAACAGCUAAACUAGCUGAUAGACCAACAAGGAGGAGUGGGCCGAGAACCAGAACAUCUAAAAGUGAAGAGAAGGAGAAAUCACCAACGAAACAAGACAAAACGGUUAAAAAAUAUGAGACAAGAACAACAGAAAGCACUACACAAAAAGCCAAAAAGACUAACGAGGACACCGAGGAGAUGGUUUUUAAGAUAGUAGAUUCUGUUGAAGAUGAAUUAAUUCAAGAGGCGUCUACCACAGAAAGGUCUGGGAGAAGAAGGUCUGCCAGAGAAAACAAAGACGUUAAACAGACACCAGCUCGCACAGUUGCAUCUACAAAACCUAUCAGCGAGGAGGAACCAACAUAUAUGAUAUUAGACUCAGUGGAGGACAAGGCUGCGGCAAAUGAACCGACUAUCACAACAAGAUCAACCAGAGGAAGAAGGGAAAUAGUAACUAAAGAAGAUGUCUCGAAAAAAGACAAGACACCAACAAGGAGGAGGCCUACACCUGCCAGAGAUUCACAGGAACCAAACAAGGAGAUAGCUUCAAAGACAGAUGAGAAAACGCCUGUGAAAGAAAGCACAGAAACACACAAGAGUGAGGAGAACGCCACAUACAAAGUGUUAGACUUGGUGGAGGACGAGGUUGUUGGGGAUAAUCAGGCCAAAACUGUAGAAAAAAGAAGACGGGGAAGACCAAAGAAGGACACUAAAGCAACAAAAAAACAAGCUACCUUGAAGGAUGCUGCACCUAAUAAAGUGGCUGAUGAAGAGGAGGCCAUUUAUCAGAUUGUUGACUCUGUUGAGGAUGAGAUGGCUGACGAUGAGCCUCCCAAAGACCGGAGUACAGAAGAGUCAACAAUUUCUAAAGAUGACAAAACCUCAGCACCACCAAAAAAUGUUGAUGAGGAGGAGGAAGAGCCAAUGUAUCAGAUUGUAGAUUCUCUUGAAGACGAUCAAGUCCAUGAAGAACCAACGAACGUGAAAGUGUCAGACAGGGAGACAGAGGAGGAAGAGGUGCCCACUGAUAAAGAAGACGCACACUCAUGUGGCGGCACAGCUGUGGAAGCGUCCAAUCAAGUCCUGGGUGAAGAGGUGCAUUUGGAUCAUGCAGCUGAUAAUAUAGAGAAGGUUAGUGAUGGUCUGUCUGCUGCAGAAGGGUCUUCUAAAAAAACAAAGGAGUCUCAAAGUGAUCCUGCAGCACCAGAAGAAAAGAAAAAAGUGAAAACUUCCAAAAACAACGACACUACAGCUGCACGGCGUGCUCAGAUGAAGCUAGAUGAAGUGAGUGAGGAGGGCGACUAUCCUGACGAUGCAGCGGAGGAAGUAAAAUUGAAAGAGCAAGGAGUCGGUGCUGAAGAGAAGCAACUCACUAGAGAGCGGGAUGAGAGGACGACCAGGAAGAGUGAAGAGCGGGAGAACGAGCGAAGGAGUCAGAGCUGCAGCAGAGAGGGAAGGCUGAGGCAAGCGAAGGAGAUUGUGCGGGUGAAAGUGGAGGAAGAUGCACAGGAGUUGGUCACUCUGGAUGAGGUGGGAGCAGAUGAGCCUGGAGAGGAACGAGCAGUGGAGGGUGGGGACUUGGACAGGGAGAUCGCGAAGGGAGAGCUGCAGGAGCUCGUCACUCUGGAUGAGACUGUUGGAGAAGAGGAGGAAGGAAAAGCAAAGGAAAGCACCCUGGAGCCCCACCCACUAACAGAGGAGAGCCAGUCGGAGUCCUCAAACACGAAGACUUUGGUGACAGUCAAAGAAGCUGGUGAUGAGGAGGGAAAGGUGGCUGAAGAGAAGACGUCAGGAUCUGUUAAACGCAAACACGAUGCUGAAACAGAGGAGACUGGGAACUUUGUGAUGGUGGACGAGGUGGGAGAGACCGAAGAGGAGGAAAAGGAGGCGGUAACUACCAGAACAAGAGGUCGACCCAGGAAGAGAACCAGGCAGACCCCUGUGAGAAAAUCCACUAGAGGGAAACAAGAGAGCCCAAAAAAUGAGAGAAAAGAGGAAGAAAAACCAGAGUCACUUCCUCCAGCUUCUCUUAAUUCCACUUCAUCACUGGACAAACACUCGUUUGCACGGGCAAGUGACGGCCAGGUGGAGAUCCAGAGGACAGAGGAGGAAGCAGCGAGACAGCCUGAUGUCGCAGCCACGUCUGCUGAGCAGAGGCCAGAAUCUGAGUGUCUUGAUGACCAGACAUCGGAAGAAGAGAAGGAAAGAUUCAGCACAGCUGGCAUUAAAGUCGUUGGUAAACGCAGGAUGGAGCUCAUCGGAUCUGAAGCAAAGCGCUCUCGCUCACAGUCUCCGUGUGUUGCAGCAGACUUCAAACUGCCUCCGUUCAACCCCAGCAGCCCCCUCGGUCAGGAGUUUGUGGUCCCUAAAUCUGGGUUUUUUUGUAACCUCUGCUCUGUUUUCUACCUGAAUGAGACCACUGCCAAGGAGCGCCACUGCAGCAGCCAGAAACACUACGACAACCUGCAGAAAUAUUAUGAGAAGCUUAAGAAGCUUCAACAGAACACUUCAUCUCAGAUUUGUCAAGGCUCUCUUUCUGAGUGAUGGACCAGAAACUAAACCGUCUGGCACCUUUUGUCAUGUAAAUUAUACGUCUUCAUUCAUGAAAUGUCUUCCAACAUCUCAGUUAAUGCCCUGUUUUUGUUUAUACAGGCAGAUGGAGAGUGCUGUUUUACUCUUGACUUUUGUGUUAUCUGUUAGCAUCUCUUUUAUGUGAAAAUAUUGAUUAUCCACAUGUAAAUCUUAUGGUCCUCAUUAAUUAAGGAUGUAGUAAAACCAUGAGGUAGAUGGAAGAUGUUGAUAAUUAACUGAACUAUUAAAUCUUUUUUUGAUCA